AUGUUAUUGCCUAUGUUAAGAAACCGUGGCAUAGCAGUAUCAUCUUCACUAAUUGCCAUAACGAGGCCGAUGUCAUCAUACUCAACAUGCCCUUCUAUUAUGAAUGUCAAACAAAUACCCCUUCAACAUUCAAAGAGAUUUCAAUCUACUACUACUACAACCACAAAUGAAAAUAUAUCUCCAGGUAAUCUAAAUGAAUCAUUACAAUCCUUAACAGAUGAAGAAGUAGAUCAAUGGUUAGAAUCGAUAAACGAACUAAAGAAACAAUUUCAACAAACAGGUUUCAACCCAGAAACAUCCCUAGCACCACCAGGCCAACCGAAAAUAGAUCUAAUACAAGAAUCCUUACAAGACCAACAAUUUCAACCCACAAAGGAACAAUUAGAAGAAUACGAAUCAUUAUCAGGGAAACCAAUACCAUUGAAAUUCGAUCCUAUAGUGAAACAUGUAACUAAUAUGAUAAUGAGAGACGGUAAGAGAGCAAAAGCAGAAAGAAUCAUCUCUAAAGCAUUAUACCUUGUUCAUAGACAAUUGAAAGUGGACCCUAUACAAGUAUUGAAGGAGAAUCUUGAGAAUUUGUCUCCUUUGAUGAUUACUAAGACUUUCAAGACAAAAGUUGCUAAAGCAGCAAUGAUCCCGGUGACACUGAAUGAAAGACAAAGGCAUAGGAUUGCAUGGAAAUGGAUCGUGGAAGGUGCAAAUUCAAGAGUUUCUAAGGAUUUUUCAGUAAGAUUAGGUGAAGAAUUAGUAGCUGUUUAUAAGGGUCAAAGUUCUGCUUUCGAUAAGAGAGAUCAAAUUCAUAAGACCUCAAUUGCUCAUAGAGCUUAUAUUAAAUUAAAGUAG